AUGGGGGUUCUGGAACUUCAGCAUGCAGACUGGUCAUUCCUGGCUUCAGAAGCUUCUCUGGCCCUGGCCACAUGGGGCCCCGGGCAGCCAUUGGCCGUGCCCGCUCAUAUCUGCCCCUUCCCUGCAGGCCACGACAUCAACGGUGCCCUGGAGCCCUCCAACAUAGACACCAGCAUCCUGGAGGAGUACAUCAGCAAGGAGGAUGCCUCCGACCUCUGUUUCCCUGACAUCUCUGCUUCAGCCAGUACCGCCUCCUACACCCACGGGCAGCCAGUGAUCCCCGGCUCCAGCGGGGUCCACCACCUGAGCCCCCCUGAGGGUGGACCCUCCCCAGGGCGCCAUGGCCCCCUUCCACCCCCGACCUACAGCACCCCGCUCAACUGCAACAACAACAAUGGCAUGGGCACCGCUCCCAAGCCCUUCCUGGGGGGCUCUGGGCCCCCCAUCAAGGCAGAGCCCAAGGCUCCGUAUGCCCCAGGCACGCUGCCUGACUCUCCCCCAGACUCGGGCUCCGAGGCCUAUUCCCCCCAGCAGGUGAAUGACUCGGGCUCCGAGGCCUAUUCCCCCCAGCAGGUGAAUGCACCCCCACCUCACUACCCCGUCCUACAGCGGGACCUGUACAUGAAAGCAGAGCCCCCGAUGCCCCCCUACACUGCCAUGGGGCAGGGGCUGGUGCCCGCCGACCUGCACCACACCCAGCAGUCCCAGAUGCUGCACCAGCUGCUGCAGCAACAUGGAGCUGAGCUCCCCACACACCCCUCUAAGAAGAGGAAACACUCCGAAUCGCCCCCCAACACCCUCAAUGCCCAGAUGCUGAAUGGAAUGAUCAAACAGGAGCCUGGGACCGUGACAGCCCUGCCUACACACCCCCCUCGAGCCCCUUCUCCACCCUGGCCUCCCCAGGGCCCACUCUCACCAGGCCCUGGCUCCUUGCCCCUCAGCAUCGCCCGGGUCCAGACACCGCCUUGGCACCCGCCAGGUGCACCCUCACCAGGACUCCUGCAGGACAAUGACAGCCUCAGUGGCUCCUACCUGGACCCCAACUACCAGUCCAUCAAGUGGCAACCGCAUCAGCAGAACAAGUGGGCGACACUGUACGAUGCAAACUACAAGGAGCUGCCCAUGCUCACCUACCGCGUGGACGCCGACAAAGGCUUCAACUUCUCGGUGGGUGACGACGCGUUCGUGUGCCAGAAGAAGAACCACUUCCAGGUGACGGUGUACAUCGGCAUGCUGGGCGAGCCCAAGUACGUGAAGACGCCCGAAGGUCUCAAGCCCCUCGACUGCUUCUACCUGAAGCUGCACGGAGUGAAGCUAGAGGCCUUGAACCAGUCCAUCAACAUCGAGCAGUCUCAGUCAGAUCGAAGCAAGCGGCCCUUCAACCCUGUCACGGUCAGUCUGCCGCCUGAGCAGGUCACAAAGGUGACUGUGGGGCGGUUGCACUUCAGUGAGACCACCGCCAACAACAUGCGCAAGAAGGGCAAGCCCAAUCCUGACCAGAGGUACUUCAUGCUGGUGGUGGCCCUCCAAGCCCAUGCACAGAAUCAGAAUUACACGCUGGCUGCCCAGAUCUCAGAACGGAUCAUCGUGCGGGCCUCCAACCCAGGCCAGUUUGAGAGUGACAGCGAUGUGCUGUGGCAGCGGGCACAGGUGCCCGACACAGUCUUCCACCAUGGCCGUGUGGGCAUCAACACGGACCGUCCAGAUGAGGCGCUGGUCGUGCACGGCAACGUCAAGGUCAUGGGCUCACUCAUGCACCCCUCGGACCUUCGGGCCAAGGAGCACGUGCAGGAGGUGGACACCACAGAGCAGCUGAAGAGGAUCUCUCGCAUGCGCCUGGUACACUACCGAUACAAGCCGGAGUUUGCCACCACUGCUGGCAUCGAGGCCUCAGCGCCGGAGACGGGUGUCAUCGCCCAGGAGGUGAAGGAGAUCCUGCCUGAGGCCGUGAAGGACACUGGAGAUGUGGUCUUUGCCAAUGGAAAGACCAUCGAGAACUUCCUGGUGGUAAACAAGGAGCGCAUCUUCAUGGAGAAUGUGGGUGCCGUGAAGGAGCUGUGCAAGCUGACUGACAACCUGGAGACGCGCAUCGAUGAGCUGGAGCGCUGGAGCCACAAGCUGGCCAAACUGAGGCGCCUGGACAGCCUCAAGUCCACUGGCAGCUCGGGCGCCUUCAGCCACACAGGGAGCCAGUUCAGCCGGGCCGGCAGCGUCCCCCUCAAGAAGAGGCCCCCCAAGGUGGCCAGCAAGCCAUCAUCUGUGGUCCCAGACCAGGCCUGCAUCAGCCAGCGCUUCCUGCAGGGAACCAUCAUUGCCCUGGUGGUGGUCAUGGCCUUCAGCGUGGUGUCCAUGUCCACACUGUACGUGCUGAGCCUGCGCACCGAGGAGGACCUGGUAGAAACUGAUGGCUCUUUUGCCGUGUCUACUUCCUGUCUUCUGGCCCUGCUCCGGCCCCAGCACCCUGGGGGGAGUGAGGCCAUGUGUCCAUGCAGGUCCAGCCAGAGCUUUGGGACCACUCAGCUCCGACAGUCCCCUGUGACCACUGGGCUGCCAGGCACACAGCCCUCUUUGCUGCUGGUUACCACCAGCCUGACCAGCUCAGCCCCGGGACCAGCCAUCCGCACCUUAGACCUGUGCUCCAGCCACCCCUGCCCUGUCAUCUGCUGCUCUUCACCCACUCCAAGCCCCACCACUGACCCUAGUCUUGGCCCCAGCUUUAACCCCAGCCAUGGUCUCAGCCCCAGUCCCAGCCCCUCCACUAACCACUCAGACUCCAGCCAGAUGGCCUUGCUGCCAGUCACCAACAUCAGAGCCAAGUCCUGGGGCCUGUCAGCCAAUGGCAUUGGCCACUUCAAGCAUUCAAAGAGCUUGGAGCCUGUGGCCAGUCCUUCAGUCCCCUUCCCUGGGGAGCAGGGCAAAACCAAGAAUAGCCCCAGCCUCCGAAUCCAUGGCCGGGCUCGCCGAGGGGCCCCCCAGCCUGGCCUGGGCCCUGCCCAGCCCACUCAGACCUGGGACCAUCCAGACCCAGCCCCCUCCCUGACCUCCAUCCAGGUGCUGGAGAAUUCGAUGCCCAUCACUGCCCAGUACUGUGUUCCGGGGGAUGCCUGCAGGCCUGGGAACUUCACCUACCACAUCCCUGUCAGCAGCAGCACCCCACUGCACCUCAGCCUGACCCUGCAGAUGAACUCCUCAUUCCCCGUGUCCGUGGUGCUGUGCAGCCUGAGGUCGGAGGAGCCGUGUGAGGAGGGGGGCUCUCCACAGAGCCUCCAUACCCACCAGGACACUCAGGGCAUUUCCCACCAGUGGCCAGUAACCAUCCCAUCCUUCCGUGAAUUCACCUACCACUUCCAGGUGGCAUUGCUGGGUCAGGCCAACUGCAGUGCGGAGGCCCGGGUCCGGCAGGCCACAGACUACUACUUCCGCUUCUACCGCCUGUGUGACUGAGCUGCCCUCCCAAGGCAGCCCCACACCAGGGCCCGGGGUCCCCGGCGCCCCUUCCACACUGAAUGCAGUUGUUACACUGGAGCCUGCGCCCACCAGCUCUCCAUUCACUGGCACUCCCUCCCUCAGAGACUGAGCUGGGCCUGGCCCUCCUGCCUGGUGAAACUGGAAGUCCUCACACUGGAGCUGCUGUUCUUGCUGAUCCCUCCUCCCACACCCUGGAGGGAACCAGAGACCUCCUGGGGCCAGGACAGGACUAGUUCACAUCUGUCCAGGUGUGGUUGGAGGGCUGGCUUCAGGUGCCCUGGAGGCAAGGGGAAGCCUGGGACUCUGUCCGGAGCCCACCCUCCCUGCCUCCCCAUUGGAGACUGGGAGCUCCAUUUUGGCCCUCAGAGAGGAACUGCCUGCCUUUGAGAUCAGAGGGGGCUUGACUGGAGCCCUGAGACUUGGCUGGGACCAUGCAUCAGUGGAGGGCAAACAGCCCUCACCCUCGAAGCUGCUCCCCAAGGGGCAGCGAGGUGGUGGACUUUGGGGGUUUGACUGUUACGCUGGACUUGCACUUCGAAGCCUUAAGUGUGGCCUGGAAGUCUCUUCUUCAUGAGGGCUUGGCUCCAAGAGCUCCCAGGGCAGCUGAAGCCAGCGCUGGAUGGGUUGGAGACUGACCAUGUGCCUUAUGUACACUUAGUGCCUGGCUGAACCAGUGGGGCCAGUGGGCCAGACAGGCCUCGGAGCCUUGAACCUGGAGUAUCUUGUAAGGGAAGUUCCCUGUGAGCUUCCAGUGGUACAGCCCCAAGGCCUGGGCUCCUGGGAGCUGCCAUAGCUCACAGUUGUGUCAGUGACCCAUCAUUCUCUGAGCAGAGGAGCAGGAAUCCUUGCAAGGCAUCAGGCCAUCUUGGCUGAUGGGUGGAUGCAGAUAGCUUUCACUGUUAUUAAUGAAUUACUAAAAUGCACUUAAACCAGAACAGGAGUGGAAGGAUGGUGAUGGAAAGCCCAGAGUGGGCCAGAACCCUGGGAUGACAUUUGGAAAGACAGGGCCCUGGCUCUGAUCUGUCCCAGGGAGCCUUGAGAUACCCAUCCCACUCCUGACCACCAAGACUCUGGCUUCUCCCUCCAUUCUUGUCUGCUGGUGGUCUCGUCUCCCCAAAUCAAGGGCUCCCAUGCUAAGCUUGGACAGCCAAGCUGGAGGGACCCGUGCUUGGCAGUAGGGCCCAUCUCUGCCCAUUCCUUCUAGGAGUGGAGCGGUAGGCCUAGGUUAGGGCAGAAGUCCUAUCUCAAAUGCCAAUGUUAACCUGUCUUAGUGGGUGCCUGCAGCAUUCUGAGGCUACAUCUGGCUCACAGGAGUGUGGAAAUCAUUUAGCCAUGUCUAAUAUGGGUUCAGAUAAAAGGACAGGACUUCCCAUACGUCCUUGCUCUGUGGUGGUCUGCCACUGUUUUGGGAACCAGGCCUUGCCCCUCUUACCUCUCAUUCUCAGCUCUGAAUGGGAGGCCUUUCUGUAGGGGUGGGGGGUUGAAUCUUGAAAAAGCCUAUGAACUGCGGGCCCCCUUCUGCAAUGGAUCUCAAAGCACUUAUCCUCAGGAUGAGGAGACACCGGAGGAUGGGGGCUAGUAGGGAUACCUGGCCACUCAGCCCUCUCCCCAAUGUGGCACGACUCCCUCAUUCUGACAUAGGAAUUACUUGGCUCUCAUACCAUAUAGGGGGCCUAGCCUUAGGACUGCUCUGUUCUCUCUCCUGCCAUGGGGGAAACCUCCUUAAAUGCCUUAAAACUGCUGAGCCCCGCUCCCUGUAAUAAGAUUCUUGGGCUUCCUCAGUGGGGUGUGUGUUCUUGGACUGUGGCCUCUCAGUCCUUAACUGGAUAGUGACCCUCCACUGCCCUCUGGAGCCCAUCUGGACACAGCAUAGCCCCAAUCCAGUUAGCAGCUGGCUGUUUCCAUGCCUGGGGUGGGGAUCCUCAGUGCAGGGGUUGGGGCCAAGCAGGGGCUCCAAGCUGCUAGAGCAGGGUCAACCUUGGACCAAAGUUGCCUUAAGCCCAAUAAGGUGAAAGGGCCUCAGGGAAAGUGAAUGGGCCACCUGCUAGAAGCUGACGGCUGCCUGGCUGGUGCUGGUGAGUGGGUGUCUUGGCUCCCUGCUGUACCCGGGGGUCCAGCAGCCCUCUCUCCCUUUCUCUCUCCCCUUUGGCAUUUAUUCCUGUAGCCACUGGGCUAACCUCCCCCAAGCUUCAAGCUGUACAUAGGGCCUCUCAAUGCACAACACCCCUGCCCUCAUAGAUCUCCAGUAAAUACCUGCGUGUGCACAGAGCGCCCCUCUCCCCGUUAACUCCCAGUUCCCGUCCCUGAGCUUUGACUCCUAUUUAUCAUGUACCCACUCUGACUCUGGUGUGGACAGAGGGAAGCAGCUCUGGGCCUGUUUGCUUCCUGUCCCCUGAACUCUUCUUUUCUUCUAAAGUAAAUACACGUAUAUAAAUAAAUGUAUAAAUAUGGCUUUGUAUCUGA